AUGCUACUCAGUGGUACAGACAAUCAUAUUGCUGGUCUUGGUCAAAUGGCAGAAUUAAUUAUAAGUCACCUAGAUAUUUGGCAAGGAAAAUCUGGUUACGAAGGUUAUCUCAACGAUCGAGUUGCUGCUCUAUCCGAAAUACUUCAAGAUGCCGGUUAUUUUACCACGAUGAGUGGUAAAUGGCAUUUGGGACUAAUGGCUGAUCAAAUUCCGGGAAAACGAGGUUUCGAGAAUAGUUUCGCCUUGUUACCUGGUGCCGGAAAUCAUUAUGCCGAUGGAGUUUCGAAAUCAUUACUUCCACCAAUCUAUGUACGCAACUUCACAUAUAUUGACUAUAGAACACUCAAAGAUUUUUAUUCAUCGGAUUAUUUUGCUACCGAACUUAUUGAAAGCUUAAAAUCAAAUAUGAUGAAAAACAAAAAGCCAUUUUUUGCUUAUCUUCCUUUCACCGCUCCUCAUUGGCCACUUCAGGCACCUGCUGAUAUUAUCGCCAAAUACAAAGGAGUCUACGAUAAGGGGCCAUCCGUUCUGCGCAAAAACCGACUUAAAACUCAGCGCAAAUUGUGUCUUCUACCAUCCGAUACGAUUCUGCCAGUUGUUGAUACAGAUCAACAAGAAUGGGACAAACUCACGCCUGCUGAACAAGCUUUUAGCGCAAAAACAAUGGAAAUCUAUGCUGCUAUGGUAGAACGCAUGGAUUUUGAUAUCGGACGUGUUGUGAAUUAUCUGAAGGAAAGUAAACAAUUGGAAAAUACAUUCAUUUUGUUUAUGUCAGAUAAUGGAGCAGAAGGUAUUACUUUGGAAGGCAUUCCGAUCUCAUCUUCCUCGCAAACUGGUCUACACUUUAACAACAGCUACGAAAAUAUAGGCAACAAAGACUCAUUCAUCGCAUAUGGACCAUAUUGGGCUCAAGCAGCUACUGCACCGAGUAGAAUAUUCAAAGGUUAUAUUACCGAAGGUGGCAUUGGAUGUCCAGCAAUCGUGUUCUAUCCCAAACUUAAAACAUCUUUAGAUAUCAGUCACGAAUUCACAACCGUUAUGGAUAUCCUACCUACUAUUCUCGAACUUGCAGAUAUUCCUCAUCCGGGUACAACAUUUCGCAAUCGUACUGUCGUUACACCACGAGGAAAAUCUUGGCUCCCAUACUUACUUAACCCUAAUAAACACAUACAUGUUCAUAGUAAGCACGAUUUCACAGGAUGGGAAUUAUUUGGUCAACGUGCUAUACGUCAUGGAAAUUAUAAAGCUAUAUUGAUGCCUAACGAAGCAAAUACCGCAAAAUGGGAACUGUAUGAUUUGUCUCGGGACAAAGGGGAAUUAAUCAAUUUGGCUGAUGAACGACCGGAUCUGUUGAAAGAACUUGUUGAAGCAUGGUUCAAGUAUGAAGCUGAGACAGGCGUUAUCAUUCCGGAAGAUGGUUGGGCUGUUAGAUUGAAUCCAGAUGAUUUCAGACCUGCUAUAGAAAAUGCUACUUCGCCUUCAUAA